CUUAUCACCUCCCAAAGGCCCCACCUCUUGAUACCUUCACAUUGGUAAUUAAGUUUCAACACAUAAAUUUGAGGAGGACACAAACUUUCAGACCUUAGCAGAAGUAUGCCAUGUAGCUGGAAAGUGGAGCUUGACUUUUUUAAAAAAACAUCAAACUUAUCCAAAAAAAAAAAAGAAUCCUUAAAAGUAGACUCCUUACACACCAAAUACUUAUUCCAGGGAUACAGCCAUUCCCAAAACCAUUCUGUGAGAGCAUAUUUGAGGAUUGUCUUCAGAAUCCAUUUCUCAUUCACCCACCAGAAGGUCAGCUCAUUGCUCAUGGUUAGACCGUAUUUUAAACCCAAGCUGAUCAUUCCCAACUUCCUCGUCAGUUGCUUCUCAGAGGGUAGGGGUCUUCCACCCUUAGAGGUGGAACAGGAUUUCCUUCGGGAUUGGGGCAGGGUGGGUACUUUCUCAUUUCUCUCCCAAUAGCAUAAUGUUGUGCUUAAAUGUUAUGGGUGACAAACGUACUCCUUUUAUUUCCUUAUAGUCUUAAUCUUGAAUUUAUAUAUAUUUCCAUAUUUAACUCUGUCUAAACUGAAAUACUCCUUAUCUGUUUAAUGAUAUUCUUUGUUCUCAACGAUGGAUGGAUGGAUGGUGCCAGUGUGACUCUAUGUUAAUCGAGCAUGCACUCGUCAGUGAAAGCAGAAUUGGUGACAGUUACACUAUUACAGCCUCCACAUUGCACCUACUUCUCUUCAACCCCUGAGAGAUGCAGGACUCCCCAGGAACCAGGCUGUGCUUUAGGUUCGACGCAGACGUUAGGUGAAGGCUCCAUGUAAGAUAAAGGAAAAUGCAAGUGCUUUCUUUUUAUUUUUCAACUGAUAUAUUUCAUAGUGAAGAUUGUUUCUGAAUAAACACAUAUCAGAGAACUACACAAAAAUUAAAGAAAAAAUCAAGCUGUGGAUUUGCUUUUACAUGUUUUUUUUUUUUUCUAAUCUAUUUUUUGGGAGAAAGAUUAGACCAGAAAGAGGAAAAGGCUAACCAUUAAAACUGAGGCCCAGACAGAGCUCAGUGACCAUCACAGAGUCCUGUGGGUAUAAUCAGCAGCCUGAAUUCUCUCUGGAAGGGUAGCCGAGGAGACAGGCCCAGAAAUAUCCUCCUUCAUUCCCCCACGAAGAAUGUUCCACUGUUACCCCAAGAUCCAGGCGGGUCUUUAGUUUGGUGUGUAAGGAGUGAGGCAGGGAUAAGAGUCCCCAGUCUUUUAUGGGAAAUGUGUUUUCAUCUCCUUUGGUUCCUCUUUGUAUCUGAAACUCAGGUCCAAGGGAGGAAGAAAGAGAUCGUAUCUGUAGAGGUGUGUGUGUGUGUGUGUGUGUGUGUGUGUGUGUGUGUGUGUGUGUGUGUGUGUGUGUUUAGGGGAAGCGACCUGGUUAUAUCUGUGUUUCCAUCUAAUCUUUUGAUAAGGUUCCCCAAACAGGAUUUAAGUAACCAAGUUUUAAUAGUUAAUUCAUUAUUCCUGUAACCUUGUGACUUUUAAUCUGGGAGCAAGGUGGCCUAAGAAUGCCGACAUUUGCUUUCUUAGGGUUAAAAACAUGCAGGAGUCCUCGCCCUGUUGGUACACUCCCAUCGGUUUCCUAUCUUUGGGGUGCUCUGGAUGGAGCCCACCAAACUGGCUAGAAGAAAACUAUAGAGGAUUAUGAGCCUUAGGUUAAAAUAAGGAGUUCUAGGAGCCAAAGAAAUGAGUAACAUUUUCAGACUCUCCCUUGUCCCCUACCAACUGUCCACCUGAGGGCCCAGGCCUAGCCCAGGAGCCCGUCUGCCUGGCCUGUGCACGUACUGUGACAUGAACAUCUGUGCCACACACAUCAGUCCUUUAAUACUCACUCUGAGCCCUCUGCACAUGACAUCAGUAGGGCAGCCUGGUCGCUGGUUCUGCCACCCUCAAUCCUCACCUCCCACCCCCAGAGGACGGGGUGUGCACCUGAGACACCUGGCCUGGCUGGCCUCCCUCCGGGGCCACAGACACAAGGCACUGUCAGUCUUGGUGCUCUGUAUGGGACAGAGAAGAGAUGUGGACCUUGGUGGAUAUGUAGGGCCUCUCUCCAGAGAACACCCUAAACUAUCAUCUGGAAGUCAAUGGCAGCAAAGCGAGGGGUUUCUGCAAUGUGUGUGUGACUGUUCUCAAAGUCUGUGGUCCACACCAAUGGCUUUGAGAGGCAAAGAGUCAAGGUGGGACACUGUACGUCCCUCUUGAAGUCCCUUCCCCUGGGCACCAAGCUGGCUGUGACUCUCUGCUGGCUGCAGUCUCUGGUUUCGCCAUCCCUCCCGGGGUCACCCCUUUCUGGGGAUGCUGUCACUGGUGAGCUAUAAAGAGGUGUAUUAUUUUAUUUUCAAUUUGUUCUCCUCACCCCGACCCACCUCCUCUGGCUGCAGAUGGGUUCUCAGAGUACCCUCUGACCCGUCUUGAAGGGAAAUGUUGGCGUCACUCUGGUCGUAGAGAGUCACCAUUGUCCCAGAGCCACAGCAUCUCACAGCUGCAGAGCUGACAUGAUGUUAAAGGUUUGGAAAGUCCUGUGGUCCCCCUUCCAGAGGUUUGAGAAGCAGCUUUCUAGUAAAGAAAUCGAAAGGCAAAAACCUAUUUCAAGGAAGAGAUCAUCUCAACGGCGUGGUUGUCUAUGGCGCAGUGCAUUGCGUGGCCCAGCGUGUGGUUCAGCGUGGCAGACGUCUGUGCAGGAAGAGCAGGGCAAGGUUUUGUUCUAACGUGUCUCUCUAGUGACUGUCAACUGUCAGAUACGGGACGAUCAUAUCUGGUCCAUGGUCUCUUUUGAAGUUCUUGUGAGUCAGCAUAAGACGUCCAUCUGCAGACAAAGUGAGCCUGUGUGCAGAGUGACCCCUCCAGGUCGUCCCUGCUGGAACAUUAGGGAGGGCGACAGUUGAGAGCUGGGCAAGCAGUCGAUUUGUGCCUUGAAGCCCUCGUGUCAGGGUUCUGAGUGAUAUUCGCUCUCACUGACACACCUGCCAGGGUCACUCUGCGAUGGAAUCUUUGCUUCUGGAAGAGUCUGUGCACAUCUACCCAGUUGAAGACAGAGCUAACGAAGAUGCCGUGCAAGUGAAAAUGUUCAGUUGUCAACACCCACUGCGCUAGAGUGCCCGGUGGGGGCCGGGCCCCCAGGAGCACCCCCGGAGCCGUGGGAGAGUUGGUGCAGGAGUUGGCAGCAGCCCAGAGCCCUGUCCUAGAGGAGGAAGUGGCUUUGGGGUGGGGAUUGGGCAGGGGCCCAUCUUCCAGUAAGUGAGGAGAAGUGCUGGUCGGGGAAAGCCGGUCGCUGGGGAAGAUGACCUUACAGCGCAGGGAGGGGGAAAUAGACUGAAGUCCGAGGCGCCAGUGUUCCCUCACCCUCCCUGCACUGUAUUUGCCCAGGGCCCCUGGGGGCUUCCUGGUUCCAUCUCUGGCUGCUAGACAUGGUGCAUCGUCCUUCUCCCCAGACACCAGUGGAGCCAGGCUCUGAGGUUCUCAGGGCUCUCAUGGGAGUCCCCGUUUCUGUUCCUGCCCCAUGGAAGCCCUCUUAAACCCCAGGCUGACUUCUGUCCCCUCCUGGGUGUUAAGCUCUGGCCGUAUCACUGGUCCAAGAAGCCAGGAGCAAGCAGGAAGUGUUCAAAGCAAAAGGCUCCAGAGUCUAGAGGGCUUCAGCAUUUAUCCCCCUGUCUCCUGCAUCCCUCCCAGGGUCCGAGUCCCCUCUGCGACAUCCCGAUGUCCCCUUGCUCUUGGCUCUCAGUCACAGCAUCCCCAGAGAGGGGCGACCCAGCAGGCAGAAGUCAGAGUAAGUAGAGAUUAGAGCCAGAUGAGAUGCAAAGGGGAAGGGACACGAGGGGAACAUAUACAGUUUCUCAGUUGCGUAUAAGAAGUUAAAAAAAUUUUUUAAAACAAACCGGAAAACCCAGAACCUACCCCAGACAAGCACGAUCAGUUUAACAAACCAAACAGAACCCAACAAAAGUAAUGGCCCUCUCCUGUGACUCAUGGGACAGAAGUCCUAACUUGUUCUGUGUCACCCGUCACCUUUGCCCUGGGCAUCAAGUUCUAGAAUUUUAGAUUCUUCUGUACUCUGUUCUGGCUCACUUGGGUCCUUUCAGUUUGCUCCCCGGCAGCUGCUAGAGAGAUUUCCAUCACUGGUCAAAGAUAUUAAAGAAGUAAAUGUCCACCACCGGGAAGACUGAGAGUGCCAGAUGAAAGAGGUGCUGGGGGUGAACAGCGUCUCACCAAAGGGCUGGAGGCGACGCGUCCGCUCGCUCUGGAGACAGAUUGGGAAAUGUGACGGCAACGUGACGCAGAGCUCUCUGCCCAGGCGAAGAGGACAUUAGAACUAAGGGACUCAGAAGACAUCAAAGUUAAAGCGUUUCUUGUUGCCCUGAGAAAACGGAAGCCUGGAAGCGCAUCUGCCUGGGGAGUAGUGACGUGCUCCUUUCAUUUCUCAAGCAGGGGAGCAGCAGGGCCAGUGAUGGGCUGGGAGGGGGCCAGGGCCCCAGAGCAAGCUUCCAGCCCAGCCACCCUAGUGCCGCUUCAGAGGUGGGGGUCUGAGACCCGGGGAGAUGGCAGCCCUCGGGGUCACACUCCCCGCCCGGGAUGUACUCUGAGCUCAGUGCUUUUCUCCCGGACCCUUUUCCUGGAGUCCCCUUCCCCGUGACAUGGCAUUAGGGGCAAUAGACGGGCAGUGGACGCAAGUUAGAAAGACGCCCUCUGACGGGGGUUGCUGAUGCAGAUAAAAGUCUUCCUGGUUUACAGAGUUGGUUGUGACACUGCUCCUGAGAGCCGGUAAAUUCGUCACUUAGAGUUCACCAGUCACGACUUUCACACCGAGAAGGACCUUAGGAGGUGGGUGACGCGGAGCCUAAUGAUACCCACAAGUGCACGUUCUGAUCAUCCGUCCUGUUCCUCACCCCCCUGGCUUAGAUCAUCUUUUGUUCCAACAAACAAUGUUCCUCCGGGAGUGAUCCAGAACGGAGCGCGGGUUCUGAGCCGAGGCCUGUUUCCUGGCGUGCGGCCGCUGCCCAUCACGCCCAUCGGGAUGACGGCCGCCAUGAGGAAUGGCAUCACCAGCUGCCGCAUGCGGACUGAGAGCGAGCCGUCCUGCGGCUCCCCGGUGGUCAGCGGGGACCCCAAGGAGGAUCACAACUACAGCAGUGCCAAGUCCUCCAACGCCCGGAGCACCUCCCCCGCCAGUGACUCCGUGUCCUCCUCCUCCUCCUCCUCCUCGGCCGACGACCACUACGAGUUCGCCACCAAGGGGAGCCAGGAGGGCAGCGAGGGCAGCUUCCAGAGCCACGGGAGCCACAGCGAGACGGAAGAGGACGACAGGAAACACAGCCAGAAGGAGCCCAAGGAUGCGCUGGGGGACAGCGGGUACGCAUCCCAGCACAAGAAGCGCCAGCACUUCGCCAAGGCCAGGAAGGUCCCCAGCGACACCCUGCCCCUCAAAAAGAGACGCACCGAAAAGCCCCCCGAGAGCGACGACGAGGAGAUGAAAGAAGCGGCCGGGUCACUCCUGCACUUGGCAGGGAUUCGGUCCUGUUUGAAUAACAUCACCAAUCGGACGGCAAAGGGGCAGAAAGAGCAAAAGGAAACCACAAAAAAUUGAAAACAAGUCACUGAUUUGUUUUGAACUUACGGCCAUUUGGUUUCAGCAUGUCAGGAGAUUUCUAAUGAUUUGUGGCAAUAUCAGCAAUUUUUUUUUUCCUUUUUUCUUUUUCUUCUUCUUCUAUUUUUUUUUAUUUGAUUUGGUUUUCUUUCUUUUCCUUUUUUUCUUUUUCUUUUUUUUUUUUAAUUUGCCCCCCUCUCCUUUGUUUUGGACCCUUAAGAAUUUUAUUUUUAAAGGAGAUUGAAGCCAUAGAACUCAUAUUGACACUCAGCUGUUUUACAAAAGCUUUUCAUUAUCUGAAGACAUAACUGAAAAAGCCAAAAUUUACCAUUGCUUCCUCCAGCUUGUCAGAGAGCAUGUGGCCGAACCCACAGAUGUCAACGUUAGUGCCACAGGAACACACACCUGGCACCUAGAAGGCACGUACGUGUGCAGAGUCCUCCUCGUUCAGGUCCAACCCUCAGGUUUACAGAGUCAGGAUGUCCACCCGGUGGGGUUCACUGAGAGAAGGCACAUAAAGCGAUUGGGGAGAAGGGAGAACCCCUCGUCCCCCUAGGAGCAGACCCAAGUUUGUGGCGCCAGGCACCCAGUCGUGCCAGCAAAGCCCUUGGCAUUGUCAUGCAGCGGGCACGGGGGCCCGGCCACCGGUCCUCUGUGCUGCCUAGCCCUGGAGCCUGGUAUCGAUCAUCUUGUGAGGUGGACACUGGAUCAUUUGUAUGUACCAGGUGUCAGUGACUAAUGAGAAGAAAUGGGGUACAUUUUUAGUGAUGUCACUAAUCAUUGAAUUCUGUUCGAUAUUAAAUUAAGAAAAUGUUCCAAAAGCCAUAAGCCUGAAGGUUGGCCCUGUGCGCGCGCGCGCACACACACACACACACGUGUGCGCACACACACACACAAUGCAGACACACACACGUACACACACCCACACAAAGGACAGUAAGAGAAAACUGAUGCAGAAAACAAGCUAUGUCUUCUUAACUGCCCACGUGAAAAGCGACCAAGUUCAGGAAAUUACAGUAGCUGUUAAGGAAGGAAAUAAUGGUACCGAUCUUUUUCUGUCUGUCAAAACUAUUUGAUCCAAGUGAAAAACAAAAAAACAAAAAACAGAAAGCUAUGGAACCUGCCAUUAGUAUUGUGGUGUAUUUUUAAAAGAUUAAAGGCACAUUGAUGAAAAAACAAAAAAAGAUUAAAACAUGGCAAAAAAAUAAAGUAACUCCUUUACUGCCCUCAAAAUGGAGUUUGCAAUUCAUAUCAGUCAGGAUUCAUCCUUGAGAAAAUCAUUGAUUUCCACAUUCAGCCAGUGUAGCCAGCAGAAAUUUCUGAUCCACAAUGCAUGGAUUCCUUUGAAGAAAAAAAAGAAAAAGAAAAAAAAAAAUCACAAAAACAAACUUUUUUUAUUCAAAAAUAACAAAGUUCUUGUAAGGUAAAUAAUGUAUUUAGCAUGAAGCAUGAAUUAUUUUCAUAUAAAUAUAGAAAAUAGAGAAAAGGCUAUGCCUCUAAUUUUUAAGCCCUUAGGCUUAGAAGUUCUUUUGGUUUUCUUCAUUUUUCCUUCUUUUUUCUUUUUCUUUUUUUUUGUUUUUGUUUUGUUUUUUUUUUGAUUUUUUUCUUUCAGGUUGUUUUGGUUUUUUGAAGCAGGUGUUUAAGGUUUAACCUUCUUCAGGGACAAACUCUGACUGUUGGGGAACUUACUCUGCAAUAUAAAAAUAUCUUCAUGCUCUGGUAGGGCUUGGAUGGUUGAACUCUGUACCGCCUUGCGUGCACUUCAGCCCCGACCCCCUCUGAUUCUCUGUUGAAAAAUGUGUCCUUUCUCUUUGUCUGUACAUGUUUAACAUGACGCAAUAAUUUGAGGGCAAACUUAGUAGUGAGUGUGUAUGAUAGAAUCAAGAGAAUUACAGGACGCUUACUUGAGAAAAUCAUUACCGUGAUUUGGUUCUAGGAAAAAGGCACUGAAUAAUUAUGCAAAUUAGCCAGAAGAAGGGGAAACAUGCUAAUGGGCCUUAUUGGGUGAGGGUACGAGAUAGGGUACACGUGAAGGAGGAAGUGACACACAGGUUGGGAAGGCCAGCCCCAGGCAUUGUGUUGCAACAACGCCAUUUCGCAAUAGGAAGGAGAGGCUGGCCUUUGCUACCACCUCAGCAUACUAACUAACCUGGAAUUAAGACCACCUAGAUUGUGAGAGCUGAAUUUAGACAACCGGAUGAUGUCACACAGACCAGAAACUCCUGUUAUCUUUGCCUAAAAAAGAAAAAGAAAUUUUUUUUGUUAUUGUGGAGGGGGGGGAUCCAUAGAGAAAUCUCUAGAAGAAUAUGACCUUCCAUCCAAAUGGAGGGAAACUCUAAAACACAAACAAAAACACCCACUACUGUGGCUCAGGAUAUGAGGGUCGGGGGGAGAGGGAGAGAACUGAGGCGACCUUGAUUUUUUCAAAAGGGACAGUCAUGGGCCAAAGCCGAGCCCAUCUGCUAGGACCAGGUACGUCAGAAGCUCCAUCAGCCAGAACAGUGGUGCAUUUCCCAUACUUACCUUCCUGUGCGCUGCUGAUGAGAGAGCCUGAAAAAAAAAAAUCAACACCUCUACGCCAGGUCGAAUGCAUGACCCGAACCUGAAUACUUCCAGCAUUUUUGUUCAGGACAUGGAUGGGAAUAAAGAUGUAUUUUUGCAGUGCUCUCCGUUCCCUCCAUCUCCCAAACCCCUGACACCCUAAAGCCAUCCACAGCUAUGGAAUCUGCACAACACCUUGAUCUGUGUUGUCCCCUGUCCAAGCCCGAAAGACCACCACCUCAAUCCCCCACCCUCAGCCCACCCCCAAGAUGAUAAAAUCCAGACUUCUCUCCUAAAAGGCAGAGGUAAACAUUCAGGACUCUUUCUGGCAGAGGACUUCUUCCAAUUCAAACCCCACAGUGGGCUGUCUCCCCUCAUUUCAUUUUUCUAAAGGGGCAGAGUCCUCUUUUAGAAAAGAAUAAAAUGCAAUGUGUGUGAUUUACUUUUCUGAUCUCUGAGAAAUAGAGAAAUAUAAAAGUGUGUUCUUAACUCCAGAACCACUCUUCUUGCAUAAAUACCUCAUCGGGCAGCUUUCUAAGUGUUAUUUUCCUGAGUCUCCCUUGCCACCUUCAUUGGAUCUGCUGGAAGACUUGUUGGGGAACCUUUAGCGAGGGUAAUUUUUUCUAUUUUUCUUCUGUUUUUGGAGGCAUACACAUUAUGCAUAACCAAAACAAUGGCUCAAUUGUGUUUGACUUUGUAUUUUGACUGUUGAGAAAAAAAACAAAAACAAAAGUAUCAAUGUGUAUGUGGCUGUUUGUAGUGAAUUCAUUGCGGAAUGAGGUUGUCCAUGUCCUUAACAAGCCAAGGGGCUGGAGGCACCCUCUCUUAUCCCCUCCUCCAAGAGCAGUAGAGAAUUUAAGCACAAGCCUAUUUGUGAAAGAAUAUUUUGCUUAAGUGUCAUUCACUUUAGUCUUGGAAUUCCUUCCCAAAACAUCAGGUGUUCUUUUAGCUUCCAAACUAGCAUAUGUAUCCAUUAGUCCGACAGAUCGCUUGAGCACCAUUAAGGGGUGUGGUGUUUUUGUUUUCAUUUCUCCUGCUGGGAGAAGUGGUGGUUCAUGUGUCAUUCCAGUAUUUCACAUACUCACACGGGUCGGGGGGAGGGGGAAACGGGGAACUAUAGCAAUAUUUAAAGAUGCUUUGGAAACCAACGGUGAACACAUCAGCACCAUGACAUCUACAAUUACUGGCUAUUGGCCCUCAGACACAUUUAAGAGAAAGAGACCGUCACUCUUUUUUUCUUAAAUGAUAUACACAUAGUUAUUUUUAUCCUGGUAUAAUUGUCUUUUAUCUUUAUCUAGUACUAUGUGGAAAGGGUUUGCAUCAUAGAUUUUUCCCAGCCUUAUAAUAUACCAUAAGCUCCUACUUCCCUUCCCCCUCUCUAAACAGUAUACUUUUCAAGAGUUCUUUGGUAAAACCAUCUCUCUGAAACUAAAAUGAACCAAACCCACGUUUAGAUAAUGGUUCGAGAAAACCAUAGCCAAGACAGGUUUCUGUGGCAGGUUUCAAUCUUGGGGCUGAGUUUUUAAGAAGGAAUAUACCAGAGGCCUUUCCCAAAAAUGGAUUUAUUUUUUUUUUAUUAUUUUAUUAUUAUUUUGUUUGUUUGUUUUGUAGAGGUAUUCAACAUGUCUAGUGCUUGCUGGCCACAGCAGUUACUGCCACAGGGCAUUGUGGAAGAGGCCAUUGUGUCGAAGGCUCCUGUCUGAGGAACAGUUUCAGGCAGUGGGUUCUGUAGAGUAGAGACCAUGAGGAUGGCUUUUGUGCCCAGCUCAGAGUCCUGUGACACACCAGGACCGCUCAGCACCAAGUGCUACUGACUCAAGUUGCAGUGAGUCCACUGUGUGCGGGGCCUUUAGCCUCUCACGGAAGGGCUUUGAGAAGGAAUCAGAGUUUUGUACAAGUGACCUAAAUGCGAGGGUUUUCUCUAUGAGAUUGGAUUCAAUUCAGUGUGAUUUUCUCUUUCCCUUUUAAACUUUAUUCAGGUUGGGACUGGUUUCUUUCCGGUGGAUCACAGCGGCCCAGAUGUUGCGACUUAUUUUUUAUGUUUCUGUAGAGAAGUAUUUUUCUUUCAUCUUCAGGAUUUUUGCCACCAAAAGCAAACAUUGGAACUCUGUGUCCCCUCUUGAUUGUGACUUACCAGUGUUGACAGUUAAGUCCUUGGUGUCGUAGGUCCCAGCCCACCAAUACUAUAUCAAACACUGUUAUGCACAUAAUGCAGCACUGUGAUCUAAUUUAAAUAAUACUUUUUUAUUAUUUAUACUACUAUAUAUAAUAUACAUCAACACUUUUGCUAUAUAACCUAAGUGAUAACCCUCUUUUAGUUACCUGCCAAACUCUGGACUUUGGUUUAUAUUGCAGUUAACACAGUUACCAAGUUGUAAUGGUGUCUUUUUUUUUUUCUUUGUAAUGGAAUGUGUAAAUCAAAGUAUAUACAUUGUGUGGUGUUCCUGUUUCUGAAGUUUCAUGAGGAUUUACACAUGGCAUUCAGUGUUCUGUAUAGAUCUGCCUACCUUUGUGAAUUCACCCAUUCACCCCUCUUUGAGAGAGCACCAGCGAUGGUGGUUAGCUCCUUGUGUUUUCUCUCUCUCCUACUGGUUAUUCUUGAAUUAAGCACAGACUCGUCAGCUCAGUUGCUUUAUCAUGAAUAAUGUGUGUGACCUUGCAAUUCUUCCACAGUUCAGCAAACAAGUGCUAGCUUCACUGACCAAAAAUUAAGGAAGGAAAACACAAUUUUUAAACCGAUCCAUCUUUUAACGGCCGAAACCGAUGUGUCUAUGGUGCUGCAUCUUGCUGUUGUUAUUUCUGAAAUCAGACCCACGUGAAAGAUCGUUUCUGACUUGACUGUGAGAUGCUCACAAGUACCCUUCCUGCUUUGUUAGCAUUGAAAUCGAGACUAUUUAUUUGGAAUAUAUACAACUGUGUUUUUCCGCUGUAUUCCGUUUUGCAAGAGUUGAGAACAGCCUUCUCUGCCUUUUGCAAAUAAUUGAUAUUCCAUAUUGGAUUCUCAAAAGACUUCGAUAUGGUGAGCCUAUCAAACCCAGAAAUUGUAUUUCAUCCUUUCAUGACUGUGGCCUGAGUUCCCCAGCCCCUCCCCGCCUUUUCUUUAGAUGAAACAUAGCACACUUUCAGUUACUGAAACAUGCAACGUUUCUUGAGUAUCUGUGUUGAGGCCAUCUGAGCUCACAGCUGAUUCAGUAACCAGCUUCAUGCUGUGUCAUUCACACUCACUACUUAUACUGCCAUGGUGAAAAUGUGGAGGAAAAAAGUAUCCAUGUGUGUCUGGGAAGCAUAUACACUUGUACAUUUUUUAAUACUCUGAUUCUGUAACAUUUCUUGAGUUUUGUUUGUGUUUUGCAGAAAAAAAAAACAAAAACAGUGAUAAAGCAAUCAGAAGACCAAGAGGUUUACUAUUGAUGCUUAGGGUCGUCUGACCUUUGCCGGCCAAUAGACAUACAUGGCCAAAUUUAUUUCUGAGAGUAAUAAUUUUUCAAAAGCCAAUUUUUUUUUCUGUAUUUUCUGUAUGAAACUGCCAAUAUCAUGAAUAGAAAGGGAGAACCAUAAAGGAGAAAGAAAGUGAUGUUCAGUUAUGUUUGUGUUGACCUAGAGGAACAAUUGUGGAGGCAGGCGCAAUCAGCCAAACCUGAUGGUGUUGCUUUGGAAGCAUCCUUACUUGCAUUUUGCAUUCUUCGUAUGUAAUCAUAUUGCCAAAGACAAACUAUCUCAUCAUUUAUUGUAAAUAACACUUUUCCCCAGACCUACCAUAAAGUUUCUGUGAUGUAUUGUCUUCCAGUUGCAAUAAAAAUUACUGAGUUGCAUCAAUUGAAAAA